GCCCGCGUCCCCGCCAAGAUGGCGAGCGGCGGCGGCGGCGGUGGUGGGGUGUCGGUGCCUGCACUCUGGAGCGAAGUGAACCGUUACGGCCAGAACGGCGACUUUACGCGCGCUCUCAAAACCGUCAAUAAGAUACUGCAGAUCCACAAGGAUGAUGUCACUGCCCUACACUGUAAAGUGGUGUGCCUUAUCCAGAAUGGGAGUUUCAAGGAAGCCUUGAAUGUCAUCAAUACUCACACCAAAGUGUUAGCCAAUAACUCUCUUUCCUUUGAGAAGGCCUACUGUGAGUACAGGCUGAACAGAAUUGAGAAUGCCUUGAAGACAAUAGAAAGUGCCAACCAGCAAACAGACAAACUAAAGGAGCUUUAUGGACAAGUGUUAUACCGGUUAGAACGCUAUGAUGAAUGUCUGGCUGUGUAUAGAGAUCUUGUCCGAAACUCCCAGGAUGAUUAUGAUGAGGAGAGAAAAACAAAUCUUUCAGCAGUUGUUGCAGCUCAAAGCAACUGGGAAAAAGUGGUUCCAGAGAACUUGGGUCUCCAAGAAGGCACACACGAACUGUGCUACAACACUGCAUGUGCACUGAUAGGACAAGGCCAGCUCAACCAGGCAAUGAAAAUCCUGCAAAAGGCUGAAGAUCUUUGCCGCCGUUCAUUUUCAGAAGACUCUGAUGGGGCUGAGGAGGACCCACAAGCAGAACUAGCCAUCAUUCAUGGGCAGAUGGCCUAUAUCCUGCAGCUUCAGGGUCGUACAGAGGAGGCACUGCAGCUUUACAAUCAGAUAAUCAAACUAAAACCAACGGAUGUGGCAUUGCUAGCUGUGAUUGCAAAUAACAUCAUUACCAUUAAUAAGGACCAAAAUGUCUUUGACUCCAAGAAGAAGGUGAAAUUAACCAAUGCAGAAGGAGUAGAGUUUAAGCUUUCCAAGAAACAGCUGCAAGCUAUAGAAUUUAACAAAGCUCUACUUGCUAUGUACACAAACCAGGCAGAACAAUGCAGAAAAAUAUCUACCAGUUUACAGUCCCAGAGUCCUCAGCACCUCCUUCCUGUGUUAAUCCAAGCUGCCCAGCUCUGCCGUGAAAAGCAGCACACAAAAGCAAUAGAACUUCUUCAGGAAUUUUCAGAUCAGCAUCCAGAAAAUGCUGCUGAAAUUAAGCUGACCAUGGCACAGCUGAAAAUUUCCCAAGGUAAUAUUUCCAAAGCAUGUCUAAUAUUGAGAAGCAUAGAAGAGUUAAAGCAUAAACCAGGCAUGGUGUCUGCAUUAGUGACCAUGUAUAGCCAUGAGGAAGACAUUGACAGUGCCAUCGAGGUCUUCACACAAGCUAUCCAGUGGUAUCAAAGCCAUCAGCCCAAGUCUCCUGCUCAUUUGUCCUUGAUAAGAGAAGCUGCAAACUUCAAACUCAAAUAUGGGCGGAAGAAGGAGGCAGUUAGUGACCUAGAACAGCUGUGGAAACAAAAUCCAAAAGAUAUUCACACCUUGGCACAGCUUAUUUCUGCUUACUCCCUCGUAGAUCCUGAGAAAGCAAAAGCUCUUAGUAAACACUUGCCCUCCUCGGAUAGCAUGUCUCUGAAAGUGGAUGUUGAUGCUCUUGAAAAUUCUCCUGGUGCUACGUAUGUUCGGAAGAAAGGCGGAAAAGUUGCUGGAGAUAAUCAACCAAAGGAACACGGACAGGGAGAUUUGAAAAAAAAGAAGAAAAAAAAGAAGGGGAAACUGCCUAAGAAUUAUGACCCAAAAGUGACCCCAGAUCCAGAAAGAUGGCUCCCAAUGCGUGAACGCUCUUACUACCGGGGACGAAAGAAGGGUAAAAAGAAGGAUCAGAUUGGCAAAGGGACCCAGGGAGCAGCUGCAGGAGCAUCAUCUGAACUGGAUGCCAGUAAAACUGUGAGCAGCCCCCCCACCUCCCCAAGACCUGGCAGUGCGGCAGCAGCAUCCACAUCUACAAGUAACAUCAUACCCCCAAGACACCAGAAACCAGCAGGGGCUCCAGCAACAAAGAAGAAACAGCCACAGAAAAAGAAGAGAGGUGGGAGAGGCGGCUGGUGAGGAGCGCAGCCUUGUGGCAGACGGCUUUCAGACUGGCCUCAGUGACACUAGGAGCACGAUAAAGGCGACACAGCAAGAAGUACAGAGCUGCUCCCUCUCCCAUCCCCACAUUUUUGCGUGAUUGUUUCCUUGUACAUCAAACAGGGAAGCCUAUUCCUUAGACUCGGCCAGGCCAGACCUGGCGCUCAUAACGCCUGCUUGUGCAGAUGAGGAGGACGCUGGACAGCUGCCCCCUUGCUGCAGUCUCCUUUCUCUCUAGUGGCCUGGUGUUUCUUUCAGUUUCACAAAUAAGGCAUGUGAUUCAGGGUUUCCUAGGAUAUAAACAGAAACUGCUUCUGUUUGAACUAGAGUCCGAAGAUACUUGUUCUGUCAAAUCUUGCUUUAAGUUAUGUCUUAGGAGGCUGUAGGAGCCUGCAAGUGGAGUCUUCUGAGCAUUCCAAAUACCUGCCUAGAAGCAGCAUGGGAGGAAAAGGGCCCUUAGGGUACCCAGUGUUUGCACUUCAUCACAUGAGGGGCCACAGGAAAUAAUCAUAAAGUCUCCAUUAUUCUGACUGUAAA